AUGUUUUGUUUUUUUCCCCCCCGAAUUUUAGUCCAUGGAGACGGUUUCCAGGAAUUAUCUCUCCAGUCCAAUGACAACUCUUGCCUUAGCAGAUUUCAAUCAACACUAUAUCGAAAAGAAUCAUCACAUAUGCCGUCGUCUUAUCUCAUUUCUAAAUUACGCCAAUAUGAAGCACUUCACAAACGAUGUGGACCAUACACAGAAUCCUAUAAUCGAACCAUAAGAAAACUAGAGUCAGGUAACUUGACAGAUGAAUCCUCCUCAGAUUGUAAAUAUCUAGUGAAAAUACAAUCUGAUGGAUUAGGGAAUAGAAUCCUGAGUCUAGCGUCGGCUUUUCUUUAUGCCCUUCUCACAAACCGAGUACUUUUAGUCUAUGAUGAUAAAGGUGAGACGGCUGAUCUCUUUUGUGAACCUUUUCCUGAUACAAGUUGGUUACUUCCAAUGGACUUUCCCGUUAGAAAUCAGCUCCGAACAAUGAAUAAGAGAAAUGUUGAGAAUUAUGGUAGCAUGGUAAAGGUUUCCGGAGAUUCACCUUCACAGGCAUUAUCGUCUGGUUUUGUAUAUCAUCAUCUGAUUCUUGGCUAUGAUGAUAAUGAUAAACGUUUCUUUUGUGAUCAAGAUCAAAUCUUUCUUCAAAAUGUUUCUUGGGUAAUCAUGAAAUCACAUUUUUAUUUUGCCCCGGCUUUAUUUUUCAUUGAAUCGUUUGAAAAAGAACUCACAGCCCUCUUUCCAGAAAAAGAUACAGUUUUCCAUUUCCUAGGUAGGUACUUGUUCUUACCUUCAAAUCCUACCUGGGAUCUUAUAACUAGAUACUACGAAACUUAUCUGGCAAAAUCAGAUGAAAAAAUCGGCAUCCAGGUCAGAACUUUUCAACCUAAUAUAGUGGCUACUUUCUACGACGCUACAUUUACAGAUCAGGCAGUUCCGGAUACAGUAGUUUCAUGUUCAUUAGACAAUGGCCUGCUGCCUAAAAUCGAGACAAACGAAUCUGUGACCAUCUCACAAAGAAACAGAAAGUCAAUAGCUGUUCUGCUAACAUCUUUAACCUACAGGUAUUUUGACAAAAUAAGAGAUGCAUACUGGGAUCAUCCGACAGUAAAUCGUGAUGUGAUUGGAAUAUUUCAAGCAAGUUCAGAAGGGAAUCAGAAAACCGGGGAUAAGAUGCACAAUAGGAAAGCAUGGGCAGAAAUGUACUUGCUUAGUUUGACCGAUAAGCUGAUCACGAGUCCCUGGUCAACGUUUGGUUAUGUAGCUCAAGGUCUCGGAGGGUUGAGACCGUGGAUCUUACACAUGCCUAGCAAUGAAACAGUGCCGAAUCCUGCUUGUACUCAAGCCGGGUCAAUGGAGCCUUGCUUCCAUUUUCCUCCUUCUCAUGGCUGCAAAGAGAAAUCCGGAAUUGAUAGUGGUGCAUUGGUUCCUCAUGUUAGGCAUUGUGAGGACUUGAAAAAGGGCCUCAAACUAUUUGAACAAAAGGCUAGUUAUUAG